CUGAACAGAUGCUGUCAGUAGCCAGCUGAUUAUUAGUUAUCAUAUCAGUAUUAGUGCCUACUAACAGUGCUUGUGCCCGGCAGAACCAUACACACAGCAUUGUUGAUAAGAGGCCAGCAUGACAGAGGGUGGAGGGGAAAAAGUAGACCACUCGACCAGCACAACCCCUACAUUUCAGCGCAAGUUUAUACAAAGGCAUGAACAGUCAGUUAGUGUCGGCAGUGAUGACUUCAUAUUGGUUGAAGACUUGGGACCUCAUCGGAAAAUCAGUGUUAAGGAAAAAGUGGACAACAUCAAACCAUGGGUGUCACAUAAGAUACAGAAGUCGAUGACAAAAAAGAAUCUGAAAAGGAGGUUCCCCAUCACUUGUUGGUUGCCCGGCUAUUCGUCCGAGGAUGCAGUGGGAGACUUGGUGGCAGGAGUCACUGUGGGCCUGACAGUAAUACCUCAGAGUCUGGCAUACUCCAACAUAGCCGGACUACCAGCUCAGCAUGGUCUCUAUGGCUCCUUCCUUGGCGCGUUUAUGUACAUAUUCCUCGGUAGCUGUAAAGACGUCCCCAUGGGUCCCACAGCCAUAUGUUCCUUACUGACGUACACAACGUUGAAAAAUCUCGGACCAGCAUAUGCUACAUUGCUGUGCUUUCUUUCCGGAGUUAUUCAACUGCUCAUGGGCAUUGCUGGGUUAGGUAUAAUCAUAGAUUUUAUUUCUGGACCGGUUUCAUCUGGAUUCACUUCAGCUGUUGCACUGCUUAUUUUAAUGUCUCAGGUGAAAGACAUUCUAGGAAUCAAAGCGGCUGGAUCAACGUUUGUGGAGAUGGCCAUAUCAAUAUACAAGGACAUUCACAAUACUAGGUUCUGGGAUACAUUUCUGGGUAUCAUCUGCAUAUUCUGCCUUCUUCUGUUGAGGCUUCUAAGUGACGUGAAAAUUGGACCAGACGAGUGGACCGGAGUUGCACGGACUCGCUACCAAAGAAUCUUCAAUAAGGUGGUAUGGAUGAUCGGUACUUCUAGAAAUUCGAUCCUUGUAAUAGUAGGAGGUAUUCUGGGGUUCUACCUUUACCAACCUGGUCUUCCAUUGAAAGAACAGGCAGUCUUACUAAUUGGUCAUAUUCCCCCAGGACUUCCUACCAUUGAGCCGCCUCCAUUCUCCGUAACAAAGGGUAACGUGACUUACGGUUUUGUCGACAUGGUCACCCAGAUGGGUCAAGGAGUUAUCGUCACUCCUUUAAUCGCUUUGCUAGAGAACAUUGCGAUCUGUAAGGCUUUUGCCAAUGGCAAGACUGUAGAUGCUACACAGGAGUUGAUAGCCGUUGGUCUCUGUAAUAUUGGAAACUCCUUCUGUCACAGCUUUCCCGGCUCCGGCUCUCUGUCCAGGAGUGCCGUCAACAACUCCAGUGGCGUUAGAACUCCUCUUGGAGGGCUCUACACCGGUAUCCUAGUGAUAGUUUCCCUGAUGUUUUGCACUCCCUACUUCUUCUUCAUCCCCAAGACAGUUCUUGCAGCAGUCAUCGUAGCAGCUGUGGUGUUCAUGGUUGAGGUCAGAGUAGUCAAGCCUAUCUACAGGUCAAAAAAGAGUGAUUUGAUUCCUGGCAUCGCCACUUUCAUAGCCUGCCUCGUGUUGAAGCUGGAGGUCGGAAUACUCAUUGGGAUUGGUCUCAACCUCAUCAGCAUUCUCUACCACGCAGCCCGGCCCAAGAUAUCCAUGGAGAUUAUGAAGAGUCGCGGAGGCGUCGAGUAUCUACUACUCACUCCUGACCGUUGUCUAAUCUUUCCCUCCGUGGACUAUGUGAGCAAUCUGGUGACAAAACACAGCAUCAAGCAAGGAAUCCCUGUGGUCAUCGACUGCUCUCAUAUCUAUGGAGCGGACUUCACUGCGGCCAAGGUAAUAGAAAUGUUGACCCAAGACUUUUCACGCAGAAGACAGCCAUUGUUCUUCUACAAUCUCAAACCAAGUGUUGUCGCAGUCUUUGAAGGCAUCAAACCUAAAGACUUUGUAGUCUAUUACAAUGAACAUCAACUGGACAACCUUCUUCUACAGCAUACAGCCAACCUGAGAAAAAUGGCAAACCUGAGGGACUUUAAAGCAUGACGAUAGAAUUUUUGAAAUUCAACGUGUGCAUCCUAGCAACUUCCCUCUGAAGAAAAAGAAGAAUAUUAGUAUCAGAUCAAAAUCAUGUUUUAAACAGUUUCGUGGAUUAGAAAUAUCUUAUAUAUAAUAAAACCAAUUUGCACCUACUAGGAAAACUGUCGGUGCAUGACAACUUGCAAUAUUUUCCUACAUUUUAGAAAGCCAGUCAUAGCAAUCAAUUAAGCAAGUACUUUAAAAAUUUAUAGUUUACAUAAAAUGUUAAACUAAUCGGUACAAACCAAAUAUUUUCUCAAGCUGAUUAAAAUCUGAGUGAAACAUAAAAGUAAGUUUUGAUUCAAUUUUGAAUAAUCAUAUCAAUUAAAAUUGAAUUCAAAAUUCAAGCCUUACGUUAAGAUAAAGAUAGAAUAGAUAAAAGACCCU